AAAAGCCAGGCGAGGAGGGUGGCACGAAGAGGGAGGCGGGCUCAACCUGGAACAUGGCUGCUGGAGCUGCGUGGGGCUCCGGAGGAUGCUCUGGGUACCGGCGGGCGCCCGCGGCCUGGAGCCCCUGAGAGCCCGGAGGAGGAGAGGGACGAGGGAGAGGAGAAGCCGAGGAAGCAAUGGAUUGCAAAGCCCACGAACAUACAACACCCGCACACGCCACCCGCACACGCGCACACACGCGGCCACAGCCAUGGAAACAGAGUACAUGCUCCGGGUGCGAGCCGUGGUGAUGACCCGUGACGACUCGAGCGGUGGCUGGGUGCCCGUGGGCGGCGGCGGCCUGAGCCACGUCACCAUUGCCAAGGGCCACCGCGUGGACGACGGUGGCCGGCCCCGCCACUACCUCAUCCGUGGCGAGCGGCUCCGCGACCAGGCAACCAUCCUGGAGUGCGCGCUGCGGCGGGACGUUGUCUACAACAAGGUGAACCCCAUCUUCCACCACUGGCGCGGGGGUGAUGGCAAGUUCGGGCUGACCUUCCAGAGCCCCGCAGACGCUGCUGCCUUCGAGACCCGUGUCCAGGCCGCCCUCGAUGAGCUCGCCCGAGGCUCCCUCUCGCCCUCCUCCUCCUCCUCCUCCUCCCAGGACGAUGCCAACGGCAUGGACGACGCGGCCGCGCUGCACACGGACAGCGAGUCCUCGUCCAACAGCCGCAAGGAGAUGCUGCCCAAGCCUGGCACCAUCGUGACCAGCGAGUCGUCCUCCAGCUGCUACGUGCGCUCGCCUGCCUCCGAGGACUUCCCCUUCGGCGCCCCUGCGCCCGCCGUGCCGCCCGCCCAGGUCCCGCUGCAGCCGCUGUCGCCGCCCGCCGAGGCCGAGCUGCUGGAGACGCUCCCGCCGUGCCCAGCACUGUGGGGCACCAAGGGCUACGAGGACUACCGGCGGGCAGGGGGGGACCAGGCACGCGCGGCGCCCCCCCCUGCCGCCCCUCCCGGCCCCCCGCCGGCGGCCCACUUCGCCAAGGCCCCGCGCCCAGACCCCAAAGCCUCGCCCGCCUGCCGCAUCCGGGCGGCGCCGUCGCCCCCCAAGCCUCCCAAGGAGCCGCGGGCGGUGGGGCCGGGGCCGGCGGGGCCGGGCGAGGAGGACGCGGCCCCCCCGCGCUGCGUGUACUGCCGGGACGUGUUCAGCACGGAGGAGAACGGGCGCGGGCGCUGCGCGGACGCCCCCGACCCGGCGGGGCGCUGCGUGUACCAGCUGAGCUGCCUGUGGUGCGCCGAGAGCCUGCUCUACCACUGCAUGUCGGACGCCGAGGGCGACUUCUCGGACCCCUGCUCCUGCGACCCGGGGCACCCCCACUUCGCCCUGCGCUGGCUGGCGCUCGUGGCCCUCUCGCUCGCCGUGCCCUGCCUCUGCUGCUACCUGCCCCUGCGCGCCUGCUACUGGUGCGGCGGACGCUGCGGCUGCUGCGGCGGCCGGCACAAGGCCGCCCGGUGAAGCCCAGACCGGGCCCCGGACUCUGGACCUUGGGGGUGGGGUGGCGGCCGCCGUCCAGCUCCGAGCGCGGCCGGCAGGGAGGAGGGGGGGGGUCCCGGCCGUCGUACAGCGCCGAGCACGGGGCCGGCAAGCAGCUCUGAGCGUGCCCCCCACCCUCCCUGUGGGUCAAGCCCUGAGUGCCCGCGAUUUUGGGGUCUUUUUCCCCCCUUCUGAAAUUUCCACAUUUUUGGGUCGUUUUUAUACGGAUCAAGAGAAAAGGACGCCCUCCACGUCCGCCUCCCCCCGGAAGAAGCUGGGGGGGCAGAGACUCCUGUAUCUCCCCCUUGGUACCAACCCCCCUUGGCACUAAUAACACCCCUGGGCACCCUGGGGGCCAGGUGGUGCUGCAGGGGAGGCUUCUGGGAGUGGGCGGGGCCUGGGAAGAGCCCCGCCUCCUUAUUUAUAUGUAUUUAUUUAUUUAUUUGUAACCCGCCCCCCACCCCCCCGGGUUGGCCCGUGGAGGGGAGGGGGGCAGGUUUGCGCUGCCUGCCCUGGGGUCAGGAGUUGCCAUCAGCCAUCCGUCUGCCCUCAUCCUCCCUGGCUCGUGGCAGCGUCAAUCCGGAGUGACUCCAGUUCAGCCCAGUUCUGUUCCCAGGGCCAGUCCGGAGUGACUCCAGUUCAGCCUGGUGCUGUUCCCAGGGUCAAUCCGGAGUGACACCAGUUCAGCCCGUUGCUAUUCCCUGCAUCAAUCCAGAGUGACUCCAGUUCAGCCUGGUGCUAUUACUCAGGUCAAUCCAGACUCACUCCAGUUCAGCCCACUGCUAUUCCCUGGGUCAGUACAGCCCGGUGCUGUUUCCUGGGGCCAGCCAGAGUGACACCAGUUCAGCCCAGAGCUAUUCCCUGGGUCAAUCCAGAGUGACUUCAGUUCAGCCCAGUGCUAGUCCUUGGGUCAAUCCGGGGUGUCUCCAGUUCAGCCCAGUACUAUUCCCCAGGUGACUCUAGAGUGACUGCAUUUCAGUCUGUUACUAUUCCCCAGGUCAAUCCGGACUCGCUCCAGUUCAGCCCACUGCUAUUCCCUGGGUCAGUCCAGAGUGACUCCAGUUCAGCCCACUGUUAUUUCCCAGGUCAAUCCAGAGUGACUUCAGUUCAGCCCAGUGCUAGUCCUUGGGUCAAUCCGGGGUGUCUCCAGUUCAGCCCAGUACUAUUCCCCAGGUGACUCUAGAGUGACUGCAUUUCAGUCUGUUACUAUUCCCCAGGUCAAUCCGGACUCACUCCAGUUCAGCCCAGUGCUGUUCCCUGGGUCAGUCCAGAGUGACUCCAGUUCAGCCCACUGUUAUUUCCCAGGUCAAUCCAGAGUGACUCCAGUUCAGCCCGGUGCUAUUAACCAUGUCAAUCUGGAGUGACUCCAGUUUAGCCCAGUGCUGUUCCCUGGGUCAGUCCAGAGUGACUCCAGUUCAGCCCAGUGCUAUUACCUGUGUCAAUCCAGAGUGACUCCAGUUUAGUCCAGUGCUGUUCCCCAGAUGAAUCCGGAGUGACUCCAGUUUAGUCCAGUGCGAUUCCCCACAUCAAUCCAGAGUGACGCCAGUUCAGCCCGGUGCUAUUCCCGGGUCAAUCCGGAGUGACUCCAGUUCAGCCCAGUGCCCUUCCCUGGGCCACAGGCCCCUCCAUGCCCCGCCGCUCUGGUGCCGCCCCUUUCUAUGCGCCCGGGUGCCUGGGUCCCCUCCCACUCUGCCCAUCCUUGGAUUUUUAUUUAUUCCCCGCCCCCCCGGUCCCCGCGGUGGUGGGCGGGCGGGCGGCGGGGGGCAUCUCCAGCCCCGGGGGCCUGUCCUUUCUCGCCAUCUCGGGAACCUUUUCACGCUCCGAUGCCACGGGCGGGGGAGCCGGGGGCUGCGGGUCCAGGCCCCGGGGUCCCUCCAGCCGCGGCUCCCCCCCCCACCUGGGGCGGCCCCCUUCACCCCCCCCCCCCCCCCGUGUGCUGUACAUUAAACCGUAGCCACCCUGCUUCCCC